ACAAGCAAUAUGCUUGAACUCUGCAACCAGUGUUACAACAUAAAUUACAAUUCGGUGAUCAUGUGGACAAACAGAAUUUCCAGUCGUAUGCGAAGAAAGGAAGACAAAGAGUGGGGUUGCAUUGAAUUUUACGGCUUAUUCGACGAACAGUCGACAGUUCGUCAUGACGACAAACCACGGAGAGAUAAUAAACGACGCUGGACAAUCCUAUUUCAUCGACUGGAUUUAGUUUCCAUUGAUUGGGACCUCGCAUCUUAUCGUACGGCGUUGUGAAACGGCAAACGUACUGUCAAUUCAUAUUGGGCGUGGACAUUUUAGUAGCGUUUCUUUUUUUUCUUUCUAGUUUCACUUAAUUGACGCUAGUGACGUAUCAAGCCUCGAAGUUUUGCUUCUCCAGCCGUGUGUGUUAGCAAUAGUUGCGUCCUUCGUGAAACUCGUUGUACGUCACAAAGCAGUGACGUACAGUUGCGAAACGAUCAAAGACGAAUCGAAGACGAUGAACGGAGCUACAAGAUGUUAACUUACAAGAUGUCAUUUUUUGAAUGGGUUACAAAAGCUCGUGGCACGCUGUAACACGUUCAGUGUAUUGUUUCAUGUGACAUGCUUUUUUAUGAGGAAUGUUGAAACAUCAAAACUGUGUGGAAGUUCUAGUUCCAGCUGUGGCCUUCGGAGGAGCGUAGCGUCACCGGCAGUAGUGUCCAAGGCAGUGUCGUAUAAUCACUAUGAAAUUAAUGUGUAUGUUGUGAACGAAUUUUCAUAAUUAUAGAAUUUCUAUAUCGCGUAAUUGUAUAUUGUGUAAGUUUGGUGCGUGGCAUGCGUUAACGAUUUGGUAACAGUAAAAUUUCUGAAAGUUUCCGUUCACCGACAUCUUUGCCUCCGAGAAUCGACGAAGAAAACUCAUCUACAAAGACGCCAUGUUACAAGUUGGUGAUGAUCAGAGGCGCUGACAAAGUGACCGCGGCCAACAAAAACGAUGAUUUGUCCGAGUAAUUCCGUAUGAUAAACUUGUGUACUGGUAUGGUAACAGUGCAGCAACAUCAGCAAACGAUACCGGACGGGAACCAAUUUCUGAAAGAUCAGGACCAAAUAAGCAACAUCACAAAUGUAGAUCGCGAUACCGAAAAUUGUGCCGAUAUAGUUAAUUCUGCUAAGAACUCCGCGGUUAGUGUCACCGAAAAUGGUAGCCUUACCGAUUCUUCUACGCAGUGCAGUAACAUAGAGGACGACGAUGAAGAAAAUGAAACGGAUAUCGAAGAAGGAGAUUGGGUACCUGACUUACCUGUGCCAGUGGUGUUUCAGCAGCACCAGCAAGUGACCACUGCGGAUGGCAAUGUGGUAUUACCUAAUGCAGACGUCUCGAAUUUUGGUGAUGUGCGCGUAAAAAAUUCGGCUAAUGUGCAUCUUGGUAACAAGACCUUUUAUAAAGGUCCAGUGACAAUAAAACAGUUCGUUUAUACGAACACAGCUUCGAUACCGGAGUCCGAUACGGUGGAGAGCGAUAAUGUUCGAGCAUCAGAUGUCCACAUAUCUGAUUUGUCAACUAUUAAGGAAGAUUCAACAGCUAACAGCUCGAUCUUAUCAAAAAAUCCUGAUCUCGAUAACGUAACAAAAUGGUUAUGGACCUGGCGAUGUGCAACGUUUUUGUGUAUACUAGCUUUAUUUUUUGUAACUACUGUGGUCAUAGCCAGUGUAUAUCUCACUCGCAAUUCUACAAUCCCGCCAACUCUAGUUUUCCCGGAAAUACCUGAUUCUUUGCUUGGAGAUGUUAAAGUAAGAAAUGUCCGCUUCAUUGAACGAGGCGAAUGGAUUGCACAACCACCUACAGAACCAUUAAUAAAAAUGAAACUUCCAGUACCGUAUGUGAUUAUCAGUCAUACUGCAACUGAAUUUUGUACGACACAGUCGGACUGUACAUUUCAUGUUCGAUUUACACAAACGUUUCACAUAGAAUCUAAAAAAUAUGCAGAUAUCGCUUAUAACUUUAUUGUUGGUGGCGAUGGAUACGUAUACGUUGGACGCAGUUGGGAUUAUAUGGGUGCUCAUGCCUUUGGAUACAAUAAUAAAAGUAUAGGUAUUUCUUUUAUCGGGACAUUCAACACCGUGAUACCACCCAAAAUACAACUGCACGCUGCACAACGAGUUAUCGAAUUAGGCGUAGAAAAUGGUAAAAUUGCGAAGGACUAUAAAUUAUUAGGACAUCGACAAGUCUCGAGAACUUUAAGCCCAGGUGAUGCGUUAUACAGUAUCAUUAAAACCUGGCCUCAUUGGUCACCAUCGCCAUAAACA